GUGACUGUAUUUGAGCAGGAACACUUCCAGGGAAAAUGUCAGGAGUUCACCUCAGAAUGCUGCAACAUCCAGGAGUGUGGCUUCGACAACAUCCGUUCUAUUCGCGUUGAGAGUGGCGCCUGGGUGGGUUAUGAGCACCACGACUUCCAGGGACAGCAGUUCAUCCUGGAGAGAGGAGAGUAUCCUCACUGGGAUGCCUACAGUGGAAACCUGUCCUACCACGUGGAGAGACUCAUGUCUUUUAGACCUGUCUACUGUGCUGUGAGUUAUUCAUUCCAUUUCAUAUACUAGAAAUCGUAAAGGUAUACAGUAUUUUGU